AUGGGCAGGCUGGCUAGGAAGAUGUUCGAGCGAGCUGACUGCUCACAUCUGAAGCACCUAGCCAAUAUUGCCCCCCUCCCCCACCAAGACACGACGUUACUGCGCAGGAGGCGACUUAAACGCCCCGCUCGGGAGUUGAUCCCAGCUCCCUCGAGCGGGGCCGCAGAAUCGCCAGUCCCGACAGCAGCAGAACAGGACCAACCACCGCCCUCUCGUAGACGCUUAGAGGGGUCUCACCCCGCCGGCGUCUCGAGGGCGGUUAUCAGCCAAUGA